CCCCCUCCCCCCCUCUCCCUCUCUCACUCUGCAGCCAGGCAGCCACCAUGUUCGCUUCAGGCCGACGCCUCCCACGGAGUCUGGGCCGAAUUCACCUCGCCCGGGGCUCACCCGCCGGCCUCGGGGCCAGCAGUAAUCGACCUGCAAGACGUCUGCUUACUUCGGGAGCUACAUUGUCAUCUACACCAAAGCAGUUGACAAGUGAAAACCUUCAACCGCAGAGAGGUGUAUUGUGGGAAAACUGGAGUGUCCGGAGCUUCAAAACCUCUGCGUAUUUCUGCGAGGAGGUCCGUGUGAUUAACACGCCGGCCUUCGCGGAGUCGGUCACAGAGGGCGACGUCAGGUGGGAGAAAGCCGUGGGCGACUUUGUCAAGGAAGAUGAAGUUGUGUGCGAGAUUGAAACCGACAAGACUUCCAUCCAGGUGCCGGCCCCGACAAGUGGGGUGAUCCAGGAGCUGCUGGUGGAGGACGGGGGCAGAGUAGAGGCUGGGAACCCGCUCUUCAAACUCAAGAUCACCGAGGCAGGAGCUGCUGCUGCUGCUACCAAGCCUGCCGCGCAAGCUCCUGCUGCCGCAAAACCAGCAGCAGAGGCGGCUGCUCCACAGGCCGCAGCAGGAGCUGGGCCCAUCCCAACCACGAUGCCACCUGUGCCACCUGUGCCCAAGAAGCCACUGGAGUCCAAACCCGUGGCCGAUGUCCAAGUGACCGCGGCCGUCCCGUCGGGCGCCGGCGCUGUCCCGACGCGAGGGGAACACCGCGUGAAGAUGAACCGCAUGCGGUUGCGGAUCGCCCAGCGUCUCAAGGAUGCGCAGAACACCUGCGCCAUGCUCACCACCUUCAACGAGGUGGACAUGAGCAACGUGAUGGAGAUGCGGAAUCGGCACAAGGACGUGUUCCUCAAGAAGCACGGCCUCAAGCUCGGCUUCAUGUCGCCCUUCGUCAAGGCCGUGGCCUUUGCCCUGCAGGAACAACCCGUCGUCAACGGAGUGAUCGACGACGUGACGAAAGAGAUCGUGUACCGGGACUACAUCGACAUCAGCGUCGCCGUGUCGACGGCCAAGGGCCUGGUGGUGCCCGUGUUGCGGAACGUGGGCCCCAUGAACUUUGCCGACAUUGAGAGGGCCAUCUUCGAGAUGGGCGAGAAGGCGCGCAAGAACGAGCUGGCCAUCGAGGACAUGGACGGCGGCACCUUCACCAUCAGCAACGGCGGCGUGUUCGGCUCGCUCUUCGGCACGCCCAUCAUCAACCCUCCGCAGUCGGCCAUCCUGGGCAUGCACGCCAUCAACGACCGCCCCGUGGCGAUCAACGGCAAGGUUGAAAUCAGGCCGAUGAUGUACGUGGCGCUCACGUACGACCACCGGCUCAUCGACGGCAGGGAGGCUGUGACUUUCCUGCGCAAGAUCAAGGCAGCGGUGGAAGAUCCCCGCAUCAUGCUCCUCGACAUCUAACGAUGCCCGUCGGCAGGGCGACUCGCCAGAUUUGGGGCUCUCCAACAAUCCUCUCUGCUACCCCAUCCAUCACCGCUACCCUCCCCCACGCAUUGGUCCCAGUCUCCCCUAUCGCUCUCCACUCUCGCUUGCCUCUCCUCCACCCCCACACACCCGUCUGCACACUUGAAUCUAGAACAAACUGUGCCCUAAAUCAGGAAAAUAUUUUUGUCUGGCCUGUGACAGGUGCACUUGCUUCCCCCUUCCAACCCACCUCUUGCCCCCCUCACUGCACUUACUUACACAGGGCUCUAUACACAUCUGCUUGCUAUGGCUGCUGGAAAACCAGGCUGUCUGGUGGACAAUGCUCCCCCGGGCCCUUAGUCCGUAUCUGCGCUCUUGCAGAGGUGGCAGUGAGCAAAGGGGUCGAUGGGUCCAUUGCGCAUCGGAGGUCUCCACAAGAACCCAGCUCUUGAGCCGUGUUGUCGGGCCAAGUGGCUAAUCCGUUCUCUGUUUUCCCACAAAACGCUUUGUUCGUUUUCACUCGUGUUUAAUCUUUUAACCAUUCACGUAGCUGCGGAAUAAAAAAAAAAUACUCUAUCCCACAGCCUCCAAUUGAAACCACUUCCCAGUUUCGCUUUGUUUCCCCUUUCAUGGACCUCUCGUUCACUCCCCUUUCGUAUUUAACAAACAAACAAAACUCCCAGUUUUCCGUCCCUAUUUGGCUUUUCCAUCCAACUCCCCCCCCCCCCCCCUUUCUUCACAUCACCAUGACUUGAUUUUUGCGAGAAAACUAAGAUAGCACCCGAGCAGCGUGCUUUGGCUUGUCCGAAACACAGCAGGCAAGUUUGCAACUGCUGCUUGCGCUUCAAACGUAUAUUCGAAAAAUCCACCGAUCGCACGACGAGUUGCGUCGCGGACGAAGACACGCGGCGCCGGCAACCCCCACCGCGGCUCGCGCCAUGCCGUGAGCGUCGGCUCGAAUUUUAACUGAAGGAAUCCGCCACGUGCGUAGCUCAAAAAAAAUAAAUUGGCGCUUCCCCCUUUGGCGUUGGUUCGAUUCGCUCGCACCCAGUCUCGCUUCGUGCUCCUACGAGGCGGCAGAAACUACCGUCUCGCUAUCCUAGUUGAACACUUUCAAGCGAUUCAAAACUUUUGUAAGAGCAAUGUACGCACAACCUACGAGCUUCUGAGUGGAGGGAAAAGUAUGGAUCUGUAUUUUAUCUCUCAUCGCCGCGUCGCUGAAGCUGCUGUAAUCUUUCCGAAUUUAUUGGCGAUUUUGAAUGGUGGCACGUUACACUUCUGGCUGCUAUCUUUAUUUUUUUUGUUGUUGAACAGCUGCACCAAAAAUAUAUUUUUUUUCUUUUUCUUCGAGAGCUUUUUGAGGUUUCUCCCUUUUCCAGAAAAUUUAAAUUGCAGAUUUUAGUUGUCAAAUGUCAAGGUAUUUUUUUUAAGUCUGGGAAUUGUUGGCCCACCUUUAUUUGAUGGGGGAGGAAUGGAUUACGACAUCGCAUAUCUGACUGGGCAAAGGUAUAGGUGCCGAUAUGUGAAGGUCGGCAAAUGACACUUGCUCUCUUGUCAAUAUUAAUUAUAAAAGGGAUAUAGAUUUUUCUUUUUUAUUGUUUGGGUAGAUUUUUAACUGAUACGUUUUGACACCGCAUGAUUACAACAAAGAUGAUUUUCCAACUGUAUUCGGUUUGCAAAUGUAGGCAGAAUUUACCCAUUUGAUCACUGGGUAAUGUUAAAUCGUAAUCGUUUUCUUCCACGAUAUCCCGAUGUGUGCUAUCGGCGUCACGGGAUGCCAAGUUAUCCAUUCGGAACUCUCGCAGAGCGGCACGACCCUCUCAUGUCACCGGAGAAUAGCCCACAGAAGCGGAGAUCGCAGAUCUAACUCUUGAGAUCUCUCCCUGCCAAGUGACUUCUGGUCCACGCGUCAAAUUGCAGCACUUAAUUAGAUAAACUUUUAAAAGGAAAAAAAUAUCUAUCUCGCCGGCAUUUCCACACACGCACGACCACGAGCCGGUGUUUCUGCCCGAAUCAUGGAAGGUGGUGGUGCUUUUCAGGGUUUCGCUCGGCCAUUUGGCCACGUGUUACACGUGUACAGCCCUUGUCAGUCCACUGCUGGAUGAAGGCCUCCUUCAACGCCCUCGUAGGGGUUAUUUGACCUUGCUUCACGAUGGGGGCAGUACAGGAUGAAGGCGUGGAGCAGUGGGCAUGGCAUCACAGUACGGUGCAACUUUGGGUUUUGCCGCACAGCCUAUUACGUAGCCCCACAGCAGCCUAUUUAACGCAUGUGCUAUGCCCAGCCGAGCACUAUAACUCAAGCGAUUGUGUAUUAUUAUGGUAAGGUGAUAGCUCUGCCACAUUGGUGUAGGAAUACUGGUGUAAUGUUUAAUCACUCGAUAGCAUAGCGAUCGGUCCAUGACCCAGAGCAGAUGUCUCGCUCGUCAGCACCACCUGGGGUGGCAUCACUUUAACAGUUCCAAUUUCUCUCCGUUUUGGCCAACAGUGAAUUAUGUGAUGACCAUUUGAAACGAGUGGGCUAUCAAAUAAUUUGCUCGUAUCAUCCACGUAACAAAACAACAGCAAUCUGUACUACGUCAGGAGGUACCGAUUUCUGCUCUUGUUUCAUCGGAUUCAAUCUCGUGGGGAGAUUCUCCCAAAUUUCGCAAUAAUCUGUAAAAGAGAGGGCGUGGAUACGAAGUCUCGACGCUUCCCCCCCCGAAAAAUGUCCGUUUUGGGAUUCGUCGUCAAGUGGGAUUCCGCGUGCACUCUGCCACGCUUGUGCCGUUCCUGCCCGGAGUGGCGCUGCGGGGCAUCGAAGGAUGUCGCUCUCCCCGGCGCGAAGGCACGACCACCGAUUAUUACCUCGAAAAUGUCAACGAUCGGGGAGGGGGGGGGGGGUGUGGAAAACACGGAGCCCGUCUGCAAUAUUUAAAUCUGGAACGUGUCCCCACCCAUCCUGUUUCUAUCUCAGUCCCUCUCUCUCUCGCUUGGCUAUCCACGACUUAAGGUCGCCAACUCGAUUCAUUCUCUCGGCGUGGCAAGUUUCUCAAGCCUGUCCGCUCCGCAGCGGUGUGGAUGGGGUUCACCGCAGUCGGGGUAUGGGCAGCUCGCGCGUGGGUGAGGUUAAAGUGCGGGUAACUCCCGCCUCUUGCUCUCACCGUCUGGUCAACGUGGGAAGAGUAGACCAAGUGCCCUGAGAAGAACAAGCUUUAGCAGAGGGACGAGAGAGGAGGCCCUUCCGUCAAUGGUGGCGCUGAAAAGCAACUUUCAGAGCUGCACUUUUUACUCGUCUCUUGCCCACCAACCCCCUCCGUCCCGUUUGGAAUUAUAAUUUUUGGGCAGAAUCCAUCGGUUCUCGGUGGGGGGAUGAGUCGGACUGCACGCACCGCACAUUAAUUUAACGCGUCUGUUGUUCACUUACGAUGUUUCUCUCGUUUUGGUGCUGUUGUUUUUCCCGGACUGCAGCAGUGUUGGGGAAGUUGAGUUGUUGUUGUUGUUGUUGUUGGGAUUCACACUGGAGCUGUGCGCUCUGGCGGAGCCAGUGGGGGGGGGGGUGGGGUGGCACGUGCCCCCCCCCCCCCCCAAUGAUUUGAUCGAAAUCCCUAAUUUCGAUCGGAUCAUUGGGGUUUAUUAGUAAUAAAUCGGCAUUUUGCGACCCCCACUGCCACUGUGUAGCAUAUUAUGUGCCAGGGAUGCAAUGAGAUGAUAGGACAAUAGUCUGAGUCCAUAAUUGGCAAUAAGUAACGGCAAAGCGGUUAUAAGUGAUUCACGGAAUUGUGCGCAGUUGCGUAUACAGCACACGACUUCCCUGAAGGCAUUCACCUUCAGCGAGCGCGAUGCCGAUCACAACGCGGUUCGAAUUCGACCCUCGAUCAAUGGCUGCGCCAUCGCCGCACACGCGUCGAAUAAAAAGCAAGGGACAAGUCUUCACUAACAACUCCUCAAAUUUUUCAUUGCUGGAGGGGUUGCCCCCCCCCCCACCUGAAAAUCCUGGCUCCGUCAUUGGCUGUGCGUGUCUGAAACUGUGGUAGUUAUAAAAUUAAAUAACCAAAAAAAAGGGCAGGGCUUUAAAAAAAUAUAUCCGAUUGAGCAUUAGAAUUUUGUACCAUUUGUUCGCUUCAAACCAUGGCGUUACAGAUGCUUUAUCGGUACCACCCAGGAUGGCAAUUGGUGAAUGACUGUCUUUUGAAGCGUUGUAUGUCUAAAUCACAAAUGUGUGUGUGUGACAAAGGUGACGGUGGUAGCUUGUUUUAUGAGGAACAUGCCAUUUAAGAAAAAAAAGUGGUUACCGGAGUAUGUUCGAGAAUAUCAAUCUGGGAGGGAAGAAACAAGCGUGGUGAAAAUCUCUACGGAAUACCUCGGACGUGUGUGGUUAGCGUGCCGCGCUACGAACCCGGCGACCCGAGUUCGAUUCCCGCUCACGGCCAACACCAGUGACGAUUGUCUGAACCGGUUCUGGACCUCCCCUAGGUCGACUCGGCCUCAAAUGAGUACCUGGUGCCAUGUGUAAACAUCGCCACGAGGGAGACAGGCAGUCCGGGCGUGGUGCUGGCCACCCACCGCCUCGUGUACCGUUCAGGCCUUCAUAGGUGCUCGCUAACAGCACUUGCCCCUACAGUCUGUUAAGGCUACACGAGGGGGGAUCUUUGCAUGGAACACGCAGUGUGUGCACAAGCCGCCUUCUGCCGAUGGUGGACACUGGGUAGAAAUUUCCCACCCUGGGUGAUACCGACCCGGCCCUCUAGAGUCUAGACUCUCGCAGGGCUUCAUGCGACGAGGCACCAACUUGAACACUUUCAUCUCGUCGGCGAAGCGGUACGUAAAAUAUUCGGCACACUUUUGCUUUUGGCCAAAUUGUAGCACGGCUCUCGCGUUCAACCGCUACGCGGAGUCCAAACCUUAAAGGGAAAACGAAGAGCGUGAUGGGGAAAAAUGAGAAAUAAUUCCGCGCGCUUAAUGACGAUAAGAAUGGGAAGCACGCGGAUUGGCCAGGAUUGUAAACAUGCCAUUUUUUGCGGGACCUCGCCGCAGUUUGAUCGAUUCGUACGGUUAAAACGCACGUCGUGUUUUAGGUUGCGAUGUCAUUGUUGGCACGUUGGACUUGCAAUUCAGAGGUCGCCGGUUUGACUCCCGUCUCGCUGCAACGGCAUUUGGAACAACGGGGGUGGGGGGGGGGGCGUUGCUCACGAACUCCCCUCUGUGCGCUUCUGCCCGCCCAGAAGUAUACCCCCGUGUGGGUAUGGACCCACGAGGUUAUACUCCUGGAGUCAAGUGCCGGGGGGUACUCCCCGCUGGAAAGAAUUGCGGCCGAACACCCUCUGGGGGAGCUCUCGAACUCCGUUGAAGGCCCCUCCGUCUGCAGUGGCGAGCAAGACAUUGGCAGGGCGGGCUGCACCUUUAACCUUCUACGUGUCUGUUCGCCUCCACGACGCUUGCUCUGCCAUACCCAGUGCCCUCUCCUCCAUUGUCGACAAUGGGGUGGAGGGGGGUGGGUGGUGAGAGCGAUUCACUUUCAGCUGCGUUGUUGUUUGUGAUAAUUUUCCCAAUGCGAUGGUUGAGGAAUAAAUCUGAUGCUUGCUCUCAAUUCUGUUGCGCCCGCCCCAAACCUCACCGGUCCCCUCCCUCUCCCCUACGGUAAUAUUAAGACGUUAAUGAAAUAUUGUGAUUUAGGGAUGAGGGCUUCCGUUUAGAAUCGUCACUAACAAACUGAAAGGAAUUGCAUGACACGAGACACGUUAACUCACAGGACAAAAAUCGCUCAAAUGAUUUACAUUGUAUUUGGGUUUGUUUUUUUGAGAGAGUGAUUAAAGUUGGUGAAAAUUGA